AUGAAUUCUCCCUCUGCGAAGGAUGAAAAAUGCCUGUUUUGUGGCAAAACGGAGAAUGAGUCUGUGGACAUCAAUUGGGUCCAGUGUCAUGAGUGCAAGCGCUGGGCUCACUUCUCCUGCGCUGGUGUUGAUCAGAAUGUCAACAAAAUCGACUGGUAUUGCCCACAGUGCGCGCGGCAUGACGUUCAAAAAUUGAAGGUUCCGGAGCCCGUUACGAAGAAGAAGCCUGCGAAGAAGUCCGGCUCGAAAAGCGAAGCAGGGUCUGAUCAAGGAGCUGGUUCCGUCAUGGAUUUGACUGAGCAGCAGUCUGGAGAGGAACAGCUGUUGAAGGAGACCUUUGCGAAGCAGAUGGAGGCGCGGAAGAUACAACUCGCUAGGAAGAAAGCUUUGUUCGAGCAGCAGAUGAAGCAGGAACGGGAAAUGCGCGAGCUUGAGCUGCAGUUCCAGCGUGAAGUCGAGAGACAGCAGCUAGAGUUCGAGCAGAAAAUGCUAGAUGAUCAACUCGUGGCGGAACGCGAUUUUUUGAAGAAACGGGAUGCUAUUCGUAGACAAAUGGAGAAUAGUAUCCAUCGAGUCAGCGUGCUGAAAGAGCAAGAAGGCGCAGUUGGGGGCAAAAUCGAUGAUGCUCCAGAGGACAAACCGAAGCAAAAGGUUAAGCAGUGGCUGCAGCAGCAAGAACAAGGCGAUUCAGGGUCCACAACCAAGGAUCCCCGAGGUGCUUUCCCGAAAGGAGGACCACAGCGCGACGAUAGAGAUGAUAGGCUUCCGGUCCUGCCAAAGAAACAAGAAGUUCACGGUAAGAUCGAGGAUACUGAGAACGAAGAGGGAGAUAGCGAUAGCGAAGAUAAUGAGAAACCGAUUAAAAAUGCUAGGGAAGAAGAAGAUAGGCUUGGGCGCAGGGUUAACCGGAUUUCAAGGGAUCAGUUGGCAGCCCGGAAAGCGGUGUCACACAGUCUUCCAAAGUUUAGGGGGGAACCUGAAGUAUGGCCACUGUUUAUUAGUAGUUUUGAGUACACGACAGAGGCCUGUGGGUUUUCUAAUUUGGAAAAUCUGAAACGGUUACAGGACUGCUUGAUUGGUGACGCGCUGGAGACGGUGAGAAGUCGGCUCGUGAUGCCGGAUUCUGUUCCGGACGUGAUUCGAGAUCUUCGGAACCUGUUUGGUAAACCGGAUAAGCUGCUCAAGACCCUCUUGGUGAAGGUGAGGAAUGCACCAGCUCCGAGAGUGGAUCGGCUGGAAAGUUUUAUCCAUUUUGGGAUUACGGCCAAGCAGUUGUGUGACCAUCUCGAGACUGCUCGUCUCCACGAACACCUUAAUAACCCGAUGCUUGUGCAGGAGUUGGUCGAUAAACUGCCCCCAAGCUACAAAUUGGAUUGGGUCCGGUUUAAACGCAACAAGGUGGAGAGUCCACUGCGAAUGUUCACGAACUUUACGAACGAUAUCGUCUCCGACCUGUCUGAAGUUACGGAGUUUACUACGUUGUCAGUGCACGAACACCUGCAGUCCGGGAAAGGAAAUCCCAAGAAGAAAGAAUUCGUACAUGUGCAUGAAUUAGAGCAGAACCGAAAUGAAGCAUUUCGAAGCGCAGUCAGCAAGGCUUGCUGGAUUUGUAAACGGUCGGACCAUCUCAUCAAGUUCUGCGAGGAGUUCAGACGAAUGAAUAUUGCGCAGCGAUUGAGGGAAGUCGAGAGGCAGAAAUUGUGUGGACUCUGCCUGAACAGACAUGGUAAUGGGCGAUGCUUUUCGAAGAUCCGAUGCACGAUUCGAAACUGCCAGGGGAACCAUCAUCCUCUGCUACACCGUGUUGAGGAAUCUGUACAGUUGCAGAAAGCGGAGUGCAACGCGCUUAAGGACACGGAGUGUUCAGUAAUUUUCCGCCAGAUACAGGUAACGCUAUAUGUUGGGAAUCGGCAGUUCGACACUGUGGCGUUUUUGGAUGAAGGGUCAUCUGCUACGUUGGUGGAUGCUGCGGUAGCCAAGCUGCUGAGGGCGCAGGGCGCAGUGGAGCCUCUGAUUGUAACUUGGACUGGCAAUAUUAAUCGCUUUGAGAAUGGCUCAAGAAAGGUUGAACUGAUGAUAUCAACGAAGGGUUCACGAGAAAGGUUUCCACUAUUCAACACUAGAACGGUGUCGGAACUACAGUUGCCAAAGCAGAAUGUACGAAUUGCGGAAGUGGCAAAACAGUAUCAGCAUCUGGCUGGCGUACCGGUAAAUAACUAUUCAUCAGCCACGCCUACGAUUCUGAUUGGGUUAGACAACCUGUACUUGUUCGCACCCUUAGAUUCACGGGUUGGAAAGCCUAGCGAACCGAUAGCAGUUCGGUCAAAACUCGGAUGGACGAUUUAUGGUUUGGAGAAGCGGAAACCCAGUAUUCACACGUAUUUGAAUCUGCAUUCCGUCACAACAGUGAGCAACCAAGAACUACACGACGCUAUUCGAGAGCAGUAUGCGAUGGAAGAAGCAGCGGUUACAUUGUACGCCAUGCCAGAGCCAGCUGACGAGAAACGCGCUCGAGAAAUCCUAGAAGCUACCACGAAACGGGUAGGCGAUCGUUUCGAAACGGGGCUGAUAUGGCGAAGAGAUGAGCGGAAGUUUCCCGACAGCUACCCAAUGGCUGUUCGGAGGAUGAAGUCCCUCGAUCGGAAAUUAGAAAGAGAUCCAGAACUAAAGCGAAACGUGUGCCAGCAGAUCGAGGAUUAUCAAGUUAAGGGUUAUGCUCACAAAAUAACAGCGGCAGAAAUGAAAGAUACUUCUUGUUCGGCGGUGUGGUAUCUGCCGAUGAACGCGGUGGUCAAUCCGAGGAAACCCGGCAAAGUGCGUCUGGUUUGGGACGCGGCUGCGUCUGUCGGAGGUGUGUCACUGAACUCCGAAUUACUGAAGGGGCCGGACUUCACAUACGUCUCCAUGAACAGUCAUACGAUGGUGACCAUUAGCAACACUGAUUCAGGGGCACCACAAGUGUACGUUAUGGACGUAGCAACCUUUGGCGCCACGUGCUCCCCCUGUUCGGCGCAGUUUGUGAAGAACCUAAAUGCAGAACAAUUUGCUGAGCAGUUCCCGGAGGCAGCGGCAGCAAUUACAAAAAAGCACUAUGUGGAUGACUAUUACGACAGCGCAGACACCAUCGAGGAGGCGAUCCAAAGAGCCGAAGAAGUGAAAUACAUCCAUUCACGGGCAGGUUUCCACAUACGAAACUGGGUGUCAAACUCGGAGAAGUUCUUAGAGGCCCUCGGCGAGCGUAGCGCAAACGAAUCAGUACAUUUUUCCAGAGACAAAGGCACGGAGUACGAACGUGUGCUGGGCAUCAUUUUGGGAGCCGGUGGAAGACAUUUUCUGUUUUGCCACCGUAUCUAA